CGAAAGAAUAUGACCCUACCCAACUACUGGACCCCGCUUGGGUUUUACAGAAAUAACUAACAUGGCUUCAACAUGCAGUAAUGAAUGGAGAGCAGUGUGUGACAUGUUUUGUAAUGUUCAAGAUCUCUCUGAAGUAGAAUCAAUAAAAGAGCGAAACAACCCUUUUCGAUCAAAGUAUAAGGCAAGGGAGCUUUUAGGAGAGAUAUACUGCUCCUUGAAGAAUUUCGAGGUCGGUGAACACGAGAACGUCAAUGAUGAAGCAGACCAGCGCCCGACAGAUCAGCCUGUUGACCGAGGAAGUGAGGAGAGCUUUGGGAGAGGCCACUGUGGAGACUCCCCAGACGGAUCAAGAGCAGCUAAACUCGGGACGGUGGAGUAUUAUCUUGGUGUAAACCAUGUUGAAACAGAAGAGCUGUCUGCUGGAGAGGAACAUUUUAUGAAUUUCAUGACAUUGCAGGAAAAGUGGAGCAUAUUACCAGAGAACGUGUCUUUGUUCAACCAAGUCAGGAAUCAACUGGGCAUUCUGUGGGCUGGUGGGGAUGAAAUUGAGAGAACCCAAGGAUUUUUGGAAACUGCGGAAACAAUGUAUAUUGUAGGCAUGAGGGAUGAUGGGCAACCCCCAAUGGACCUCACUGAGUUCUUUGUGGCAGAGGAAGAUGCAUUACCACAACAGGAGAGGAUAAAGAGAUUUGAAAUGGCCUACACCCAUACACUGUACUAUCUUGCACAAAUGUACAAUAACUUGGAGCUGUAUGAGAAAGCUGGGGGCUACUGACACAGCACUCUUCAGAGACAGCUGGAAUUCAACCAGUUCAUUCCUCUGGAAUGGGCCAUGAACGCUGCCACAUUAUCGCAAGAUUACAUCACCAAGACCCUCUACAUGGAGGGCAGGCACUGUCUAUCUGCUGCCAUUGUCAUAGCAGGCCUAGCUGGAGAGGUCCCCUCAGAAGCCGCUGCCCAGGCGAGUAAGUUCUCUCUAAAGUGAAGAUGAGACCAACCAAGACAGAAGAGAGCCGAAAUUGCAAGGUGUUGGAUAAAAUAGUGUCUUAAUUUGUUGCAAGAUGCGAAGAACUUCUUACAGGACAACAUUGGAGAGCUAAAGGUGGAUUGACAGGUGGAGCUGAGAGCGACACAGCUACAAGAGGAGGAGGAGGAGGAGAAGGAGAGAGGAAGGAAGAGUGCUGUUCUGUUUGGUUCCAUUGACACCUUUGACUCCAUCUUUUGACUCCACCUUUGACUCCAUCCCGUCAACUUUGAGGAUGCCCGCGCCAUCUUUCUGAUUGGCCAGGCCUACGUAAACCAAGCUAAGGAGUACUUUGAGAUGGAUGGCCAGGUCACAGAUCACAUUGAGAUUCUGCAGGACCACAGCACUCUCUUCAAGGCCCUGGCAUUCUUUGAGGAGGACCUGGAGCGGCACUGCAAGAUGCACAAGCGGCUGAUGGAGCCCAUCUGCAAAGACCUGAACGCCCAGUACUACCUCCUCAUCUGACGCCAGCUGCAGUUUGAGCUGGCCGAGACCUACUACGAGAUGAUGGAUCUGAAGCUGGCCAUGGCCAACAAGCAGGACGACCUGGACGUGCACACGGUUAAGAAGUUUAACCACCUCUGCUCCUCCUCCACCAAGUUCUACCAGAUGUUCCUCGACUGAGUCCGCUCACUAGAGGCCAAGUGGCCGGAUAAAUUGGAGGACGAGGUACUGAGGCCGGUCCUUGUGGUUAAGUUCCGGGUGGCUCGUCUCCACAGCAGGCUGAUCUCAACCAGCACAACCAUUCAGCUGGAGAACCUGAACCGCUCCCUGGAGUGCUACAACUUUGUGGUCCAGUACUGCAAGGACAACCCAGAGGCCAAUAUCGCCAUCGAGACAGAGCUGGAACUGAGUGAAGAGGUGGCCAGCCUUCUGCCCCUCAAGAUCAACCGACUCAAGGCAAAGUUGGCCUCCUCUAACUGAAUCUGAAUGUGCCCUAAACUCCACACUACAAAGCCUGGUUAAACACCCCUAUCAUAUAUUAAAUGUCUGUAACGGCUUUCUAGGUGUGGUGAAGGAGAGUCGGACCAAACUGCAGCGUGUAGAUUGCGAUCCAUGUUUAAUGAAAACAAACGUAAAUACGAAUAAACACAAAACACUACAAAACAAUAAACGUAAUGAAAACCGAAACAGCCUGUACUUGUCAACUAAAUACAGCAACAGGAACAAAGACACUAAGGACAAUCACCCAUGACAAACUCAAAGAAUAUGGCUGCCUAAAUAUGGUUCCCAAUCAGAGACAACGAUAAGCACCUGCCUCUGAUUGAGAAACACUCCAGACAGCCAUAGACUUUGCUAGAUAACCCCACUAGCUACAUUCCCAAAUACAUACACACCAAAACCCCAAGACAAAACACACCACAAUACAAAAACUCCAUGCCACACCCUGGCCUGACCCAAUACAUGAAGAAAAACACAAAAUACUUAGACCAGGGCGUGACAGAACCCCCCCCUAAGGUGCGGACUCCCGAACGCACCUCAAAACAAUAGGGAGGGUCCGGGUGGGCGUCUGUCCAUGGUGGCGGCUCCGGCGUGGGACGUGGAACCCACUCAGUCAAUGUCUUAGUCCCCUCUCCUCGAGUCCCUGGAUAGACCACCCUCGCCGCCGACCAUGGCCUAGUAGUCCUCACCCAGAACCCCACUGGACUGAGGAGCAGAUCGGGACUGAAAGACAGCUCGGGACUGAGGCAGCUCGGGACUGAGGGGAAGCUCGGGAGUGAGAGAAAGCUCGGGAGUGAGAGAAAGCUCGGGAGUGAGAGAAAGCUCGAGAGUGAUAGAAAGCUCGAGAGUGAGCGAAAGCUCAGGAGUGAGAGGAAGCUCAGGAGUGAGAGGAAGCUCAGGCAGGUUGAUGGAUCUACCAGAUCCUGGCUGACUGGCGGAUCCUGGCUGACUAGCAGAUCUGGCAGAUCCUGGCAGAUCCUGGCAGAUCCUGGCCGGACUGGCAGAUCCUGGCCGACUGGCAGAUCCUGGCCGACUGGCACUUCUGGCGGAUCCUGGCUGACUAGCAGAUCUGGCUGCUUCAUGCAGACUGACAGCUCUGGCUGCUCCAUGCAUACUGACAGCUCUGGCUGCUCCAUGCAGACUGACAGCUCUGGCUGCUCCUUGCAGACUGGCAGCUCCAUGCAGACUGGCAGCUCCAUGCCGACUGGCAGCUCCAUGCAGACUGACAGCUCCGUGCAGACUGGCAGCUCUGUGCAGACUGGCAGCUCUGGCUGCUCCAUGCAGACUGACAUCUCUGGCUGCUUCAUGCAGACUGACAGCUCUGGUUGCUCCAUGCAGACUGACAUCUCUGGCUGCU